AUGGCAAAAACAGAAAGGGAUCUACAAAACAUUGUGGACAAAAUCAAAGAAGAAAGCGAAAAACUCGGACUUAAAAUGAACGUCAAGAAGACAAAAACAAUGGUCAUCAGUAAGAGGAAGUCUAAAACCAGCAUCCAGGUUGACGGGAAAGAACUGGAACAGGUCGACUCCUUCAUCUACUUAGGACAAAUGAUAACGGAAGAUGGGCGAUGCCAAGAUGAAAUCAAACGAAGGAUAGCUAUUGGCAAAUCUGUGUUUAAUAAAAGGAAACACAUCUUCACAUCAAGAAACAUCACGGCUAAGACUAAUCAAAUGCUACAUCUGGUCAACAGUACUAUAUGGAGCAGAAACAUGGACAUUGACGAAAGAUUCAAUCAACCGACUCGAAGCAUUCGAAAUGUGGACAUACAGAAGAAUGCUGAGCAUCCCCUGGAUAGUUAA